GUAUAUGCUUACUCACUUUCGUACGGCGGGAAUAACGGAGUGCGGUGUGAAUGACUUGUCGCCGGCAGCGUGUCAGUAAAUAUUGAGAAAAAAACACAAAGUGAUCAUAAAAAGCCAUAUCAUACAAAGAGACGAGAUCUACGUGAGCGGCAACGCAAUGCUGCUGGGGUUUCUGUCCGGGCCAAAACCUGAUUGAUAAGCCAAGCCAGCAGCGCUUGAGAACGGCAAGAACCGAUCAGCCGUCGAUAUCCAUAUAAAUAGGACGGUCUCGGGCCUGGGUUGCAGUUCAGUUCUCCAAGCCAAGCCAUGUCAGUCCAGGGAUUCCUGCUCAGCCUCUUGGUUGCCCUGAUGCUCCUUCUCCCGGCAUCCGUUUCUGGAUCACCAGCCCGUGGAUAUUACCAAUCGCCAGCACGAGGUGGUCGCAGCUACACGGACAUCGCCCGAGUGGUCAAUCCCAAUCAAUACGCCUUUCCCGGAUCCCGAACUUAUCCUGGGCAACCCUUCUGGCCAUCGGGAUAAUAAACGCAUUAUAAACACAUUGUGUUUACAGGAUUCAGGUUUAGCUAGAUAAUGAACUGCUACAUCUUGUACAGGAAAAUAUUCAAUAGAGUUAAGACUAAAAUCGGUACUAUUAAUAGUGCGUUGAAACCGAUUCCGAUGGAAUCUCGUUAUUAAAUAAAUAAAUGUAUUAUUAGAAGGUAUUUUAAAACUAAA